GAAGGUUCUGGAGGGAGCCGCGGCUGCCGCCAUCUUAGCGCCGCGUCCGGCCGCGGGGAGACCCGGAGCCGCGCGCGGAGCCGCCGCCGGCGGGGGAGGAUCUUAGUCCGGUACAUGCCAUGAGGUGGAGACAUUAGAGGGUCGUGUCUGCAACCUGGUGAUGGAAACACUUGGAACCCAGUUAAGUCGGUGCCAGGAAUCCGCUUGCACCCAGCGCCCGCCCUUCUGGGGGCGCCCCCAGCUGGGCCAGCAUGGAGCCGGGGGGCUCAAACCCACUGCAGGACCCAGCCCAGGUGGAUGCCAUGUCAUCAGAUGACUUUGACAUUGUCAUUGAGGCAAUGCUGGAGGCUCCCUACAAGAAAGAGGAGGCCCAGCCGGGACCCUCAAAGGCACCAGCUGAACCCCCGGCAGCUCAGCAGCAGCCUCCGGAGGAGCCAAGCAAGGAGGCCAAGAAAGAGAGCUCCAGCAGCAGCAAGAAGAAGAAGAGUCGGAGCCGCAGCCGCAGCCGUGACCACAGACACAGCCGGGACCGAGACAGGGAACGGCGGCGCCGCAGUCGGAGCCGGGAGCGCCGGAGCCGCCACAGGAGCCGGAGCCGGGAGCGCCGGCGGGGGGGCAGCCGGUCUCGAAGCCGUGAGCGCCGGCGUGAGGAGCGUUCCCGCUACCGCAGCCCUCCACCUUCGGGGCGUCGCUUUGGCCACAGCAAGAGUCCCCUGUACCGAGAGAAGAGCCCUGUGCGGGAGCCGCUGGGCAGUCUGAGCCCUGAGGAGCGGGAUGCCCGCACAGUCUUCUGCAUGCAGCUGGCUGCUCGCAUCCGCCCCCGUGACCUUGAGGACUUCUUUUCUGCUGUUGGCAAGGUGCGGGAUGUGCGCAUCAUCUCGGACCGCAACUCACGCCGCUCCAAGGGCAUCGCCUAUGUGGAGUUCUGUGACAUCCAGGCUGUGCCGCUGGCCAUCGGGCUCACGGGACAACGCCUACUGGGGGUGCCCAUCAUUGUCCAGGCCUCCCAGGCGGAGAAGAACCGGCUGGCGGCCAUGGCCAAUAACCUGCAGAAAGGCAGUGGGGGACCGAUGCGCCUCUACGUGGGCGCCCUGCACUGCAAUAUCACCAAGGAGAUGCUGCGGGGCAUCUUUGAGCCCUUUGGCAAGAUUGACAGCAUUGUGCUGAUGCGGGACCCAGACACUGGCCAGUCCAAGGGCUACGGUUUCAUUACGUUUGCAGAGGCAGAGUGCGCACGCCGGGCGCUGGAGCAGCUGCAUGGCUUCGAGUUGGCUGGACGCCCGAUGCGCGUGGGGCAGGUAACAGAGCGGCUGGACGGCACCACUGACGUCGCCUUCCCCGAUGGCGCCGAUGAGCCUGAUCCGGCUGGUGCCUCUGGCCGCCUACAGCUCAUGGCCAAGCUCGCUGAGGGCUCCGGGCUCCAGCUGCCUGGCACAGCUGCGGCCCAGGCUGCCCUGCAGCUCAAUGGCGCCAUCCCCCUGGGGGCCUUGAACCCCGCUGCUCUCACAGCCCUGAGCCCAGCACUGAACCUGGCCUCGCAGACGCUGGCCUCCCAGUGCUUCCAGCUCUCGGGGCUCUUCACCCCCCAGACCAUGUAAGGCUGCCCCUCCCCUGCAGAUGGACAGAUGCCCCUUCUCCAGUCCGGGGUCCUGCCCUCCCCCACUCCCCUCCAGGGGACAGAAUUUAAGGGUAUGGCCAGCAGGGGGGGGGUUAAGGGGGGGCAGGGGCAGGGCCCAUCAUAGCCCUGCCCCUCAGGGGGCAGGGCCUACCCUAGCCCUGCCCCCACCUCCCCCCUGUGAGGGGCUGGUAUGGACCCCAGCCUGGCCACCCUCCCCCAUGCCCCUCCCCCUGCCGACAAAUUGUUUUCUUCUUUUGAUCUUUUCUUCAUUUAUUUUUGUUUUUUUCUUUAUCGAAACAAAUAAUAAUAAAAAAAAGUCACAAAAACCCA